UAUACUUAAUUAAACAUAUAAUACAUGGGAUUGCGUGCAGCAGGACCCACCUAGGAAACAGAGAAGAAAUGUGGCUGAAACUUCUGUGAAAGCCUUUAAUCCACUAUCCUUCGCUCCAUGAACUUGGCUUCUUAAACCCUCACCAUCUUUGAUCGCUGAAGAAAGGCGUUUUGCUGUCUAACUCCUGCAUAUCAGAUGGACAAAGAGGGCAAAGAUAAGGCUAUUGGCAUUGAUCUCGGGACAACUUACAGCUGUGUAGGAGUGUGGCAGCAUGACAGAAUUGAAAUUAUUGCUAAUGACCAAGGAAACAGAACCACUCCCUCCAUGGUUGCUUUCACCCCCAAUGAGAGACUCGUUGGAGAUGCUGCCAAGUUCCAGAUUUCAACUAAUCCGAGGAACACCGUGUUUGAUACCAAGAGGUUAAUUGGAAGGAGAUACAACGAUCAUUCUGUGCAGUCUAAUAUGCAAUUGUGGCCUUUCACAAUCGUUCCUGGGAAGAACGACAAGCCUAUGGUUGAAGUAGUUUAUAAAGGUGAAAAGAGAGUAUUUGCAGCUGAAGAAAUCUCGUCUAUGGUGUUGGCGAAAAUGAAGAUGACGGCCGAACAAUACCUCAAGUGUGAUGUAAAGAAUGCUGUGAUUACUGUGCCUGCUUAUUUCAAUGAUUCGCAGAAGCGAGCAACUAAAGAUGCCGGUAAGAUUGCAGGGCUUAAUGUCAUGCGGAUUAUCAAUGAACCCACAGCUGCAGCAAUAACUUAUGGCUUUGUUGCAUUGGACGAGGAAAAAAGAAACAUUCUAGUUUUUGACCUUGGAGGAGGAACCUUUGACGUAUCUAUUGCUACAGUUGAAAGAGGUAAGGUUGAGGUUAAAGCUGUUGCAGGGGACAUGCAUUUGGGAGGUGAGGAUUUUGACAAUAGGAUGCUCAAUUAUUGUGUUCAGUCGUUCAACAAAAAGUAUAAAAUAGAUAUGAGUACUAAUCCCAAAGCUCUUCGAAGACUACGAUCAGAGUGCGAGAGGGCAAAAAGAAGUUUGUCUUCGGCAGUAGAGACUGUAAUUGACAUAGAUUGUCUCCAUGAAGGACAAGAUUUUCACACAAAGGUCAGGAGAGCCAAGUUCGAGGAGCUCAAUGUAGACUUAUUUGAAAAUUGCAUGCAAUUGGUGAAGCAAUGCAUGGAAGACUCCAAGAUGAGCAAAGACCAAAUCAAUGACAUUAUAUUAGUAGGAGGUUCCUCACGCAUACCCAAGGUGCAGGAAUUGCUAAGUCAGUAUUUUGAAGACAAGGAGCUCUGCAAAAAUGUAAAUCCAGACGAAGCAGUGGCCUAUGGUGCAGCUUUGCAGGCAGCUGCACUAAACAAGGAAAACAUCAACUUAGUCUUGGUGGACGUGACUCCUUUGAGUCUUGGAAUUGACGUUAACCAUGGUGUUAUGAAAGCAAUCGUUCCUCGCAACACCCCAAUUCCCACUCUGAAAGAGACGUGUGUCACCACAAGACUUGACAACCAGACAACUGUAAUCUUUCCAAUUUAUGAAGGCGAGAGACCUUUGACUGCACAAAACAACUUGUUGGGUCAAUUUGUCCUGGAUGGAAUUCAACCUGCCCGGUGUGGAGUGCCGAAGAUAAGAGUUUGUUUUGAAGUGGACGAGGAGGGAAUCCUGACAGCCUCUGCACAGGACAAGAGAACAGGGAUAAACAAUCAGCUAACUGUUACAAAUGAACGUGAGAGGCUAAGCAAGGAGGAGAUGGAUAAAAUGGUGGCUGAUGCAGAUGUAUUUCGAAAAGAGGAUGAAGAAAUGGUAAAGAAACAUAUUGCUAAAAACACUCUGGAGUGUUAUGUUGGUAACAUGAAAAGUAGGGUAACAGAGGCCAAGUGCAAGGGGACAGUGGAGACAAGAGUUGCCGCAGAUAUGAGUGAGGCACUGAAUACUGUUGAGGAAUGGUUGGAUGAGAACGAUUAUGCUACAGUUGAGGAAUUUCAAGCCAAAUUCAACGAUUUAUCCUUGAAAUGUCGGUGCUUAAAAUAAAAGGAGAUGCUUAAGGUUUGUCACUUAUGUUUUACAGGUAAUUAAGUUUGAUAGAGGAGCUUUGCGAUCUUAUUUAUAUCCUGAAUAGGCACAGGAGACGCUUAUUUGUGAGUACACCUUUCAUUGUAGAACACUUAAAAAACUGGUGUUUGGACAUCUGUGCUUGCGUUAAUAUCAGAAACUACAUUAGGAUGCCAAUGAAGGACACAUAUGAAAUGGCCUUGUAAAAUGGAUAAUCAGGAAAUUCAAUUAGUGUCUUUGAUUUUUCAACAAGUCAAGAGAGUCAUCAUAAAGUACGUCCAACUGCAGUAGGAACAAGAUAAUUUUCCUACAGCGGUUUAAAAUGAAAUUGAAAAUGUUUAGUGUUUUUGUAUUGAUGAAAGUUGGCAGAUUUCAGUCACUUGACCACUCCACGAUGCAAGUAUUUAUAAAUUGUUGAAAUUUUAUUGUUUUCUAUGUAAAUAGGAGGUUCGAUAUCAAUGAAUUAUGUUUUAAAUAAAUGACGAUUUCUAUUAA